AAAAAUGUCAUAUGUAUGUCUGUAUACUUUAUAUUUUUGAAUGUGUAAUGUUAUAUGGUAAUUCACUAACUGUGUAAUGAACAUAGAUGAUCAUCGUAGUGUUUUGGUAGGAUCAUGGUAAUUGUUGAAGAAAGGUAAGUGAGCACAACUGACAUCUCAGUACAGUUAAACUGAAAAAAGUGAAGGUAUUUCAAUAAACCGAAUACUCAAAUAAUUUACAUUUAUUACACAUAUUCAUUCAAUAACAUACAAUAUUCAAUAACUUUGCAUUUAUUCUAUAUAUCCAUUUAAUAACAUACAAUAACUUUACAUUUCUGGCUUCUUAACAUACCGGCCGUACUCACAGGUACUCCAGUACUCUGCACCUGCUUGUCGUACUUUGGCCCAAUCACAGGCACCUGUUCGGCCCAAGCCAGGCCCCCCACCUAGGCACAGAGACUAACCUGAAACUAAGUACAUACACUGGCCAUAGAAACAAAAUACCUACAUACAUACACUAAGCACAACACAAGGCACACAAACACGGUACAGAGACAAGGCACACAGACAAGGCAUACAAAACAAGGGAAUAAAACUAAGCCUACAGUGUCUACACAUCUAGACACGUACUGCCUUUCACCUCACACAGGUAACCAGUGAAAGCAGUACACCUGUUUCUCCCAAAGUUCUUUCGCCGUGCUGUCGAAUGCCUUUCUCGAAAAAGUCUCUCUUGUGUUCCUUCACUUGGCGUGUGACGUGUUCCACCUGCCCCCUGAGGUGUGCCCUGGUCUGGGUCCCCCCCGACCUCACAGGCAGACAUCUGCGAUCUGCCAGAGAGAAAUGCCGGCCUAUGGAUCUUACAAGAAGACAUCAAGAAGACAACCUUGGACAACCUCGGUCAACUAUGAUGACCAUCCCAGCUCUCAAAAGAUGAAGAAUUCCAGAGUCUCAUAUGACAUGUUUGUCACUGAUAGAUCCGCCAUACGGUGAAGAAAUGAUUGUGAUGCCCCCUCGAGGAGCUCAACUCCAAGCAGCCCUUUAAGAGAACAGUGGGACCCUAACCCUUUAAGAGAACAGUUGGACUUGUAUGUAGAGAAAAUUUCACUUUGGAGAAGCACCGUGCAGUCCAGGAUGACUAGUGUCUGCAUAGUCCUUGAAGUCCGCCGGUAAACGUUCCCUUAAUUUUCUACUCUGUUAUCCAGAUCCUCACUGACCCUAUCACAGUGUAGAGAAAGUUGCUCCACGUUGUAAUUAUCUAAGUAACUGUGGACUGGUUCCCAUACCAGUCAGCAAGGUAAGGCUGCAGUGCAAGAUUGUUCAAAAACAUGAACAUCUCUAUGGGCUGCAGGGCAUGAGUCUGUACAAAACAAAAGUUACGAUUGGGCCUACUACUGCUAGUUAUUCAAUUCAGUUUAAUUUAUGUACUGCCAAAACAAUAAAUUGUCUCAAGGUGUUUUACCCAAGGGCCAAAUCACUGCCAUUUCACCGUCUACCUUCUGGCAUGCUUCUAGUUGUGCCUGGGAGGGUCUGAUCGCUGUUGCGCUCCCCUCUUCUGAAAGACUUUCAACCAAAACACUACAUGUACAGUGAAAUCAUGUGAGUGAACCACUGGAAAUCAGUUGUCAAUGUGAUCUAAUGUCUAAUGCUGGUCUAAUGUCGUUUACGCAUGUCCACCUGUGCACAACUCUCUAUGGUUAUUGCUAACUGUACAGUAGCCUAUUGCUUGCUGUUUUUUUAUCGUGUUACCUUGUAAUGUUACCACAGUGACAUUUGGUUAGGCCUGCAGUUGCCAUUGACUUUGUGUGUGCCUUCACUUUUUUCUUUAGGUGAACUGCGUGUCAUUUGAAUGGAUCCAUCAACAAGAAAGAGCAGCACUGUAGGCAAAACAUUAGUUGUCAAUAAUCUGGUUUCUGGAGUUUAUAUUCUGUUGGUAACUCAACAGGUCACCCAACACGCUUGUUUACUCAGAUUACUAAAUGAUCAGUCGAGUAUUUGAGAAGGUGCUGCUAACAAGAAAAAAAAGACUGACUACAUCAAAACGGGCGUAACACGCAAGAGAGACUUAAUAUGUUCAAAACCCAGAUCGCAAAGUCUAUCUGGUUCACAGUUGAUGGGCAUCCAUAAAUGGUUCCGUAGGCAGCUAUGCACUUGGAGGCAUCCUACUUCACGGUGAUGAGAUUGCGUGGGACGAGGCGACCCUGUGUUUUACUGUGACCAAAUUGACCUCUAUUUGAAAAUGAUCCGUUCAUCAAGUCGAACUCCAAACACAUUUUUACGAUUGACAAGGGUUGUAUCUUGUGUCAGGGAUAUUCGUGACUUUUGUUGAUAAAACACAUAUAUUCUAAUUUUGCACAAUUGUCUCUCUAACCAAACACAAUCUCUACUCAUACUACGCUACUCUCCGCUGUUUCCCGUGUCAUUUAACACCAAUCCAAGUAAAUACUUUACUGUCUUUACUUCACUUAGCUGUUCAAGCCCUAUUCUCUUAGUAACAGACAUUACUGGCUUUAAAAGUUGUAUUUCGAGUCAAAUAUUUCAUAAUAUGUGACAGGAGAAAACACAAGUGAUACUGCGAGGAAGCAGCGCGUUAGAGAUAGUGGAGUUGCGUCUACACGGCUCGCAUGGGACCUUUAAAUAAAACACCUUAACCAGUCAGCAGCACCAUUGUUCUGAACUUUGAUUGAUUUAUCUCUUAUCAAAUCAACCAUGGCAGAAGUCGCUCCAUCACUCGCUCUUGUACCAGCAAAGGCUCCGAAGAAGAGUUCAACCAAGCCCAAGAAAGCCGGACCAAGUGUCGGCGAGCUCAUCAUCAAAGCUGUAACUUCCGCCAAGGAGAAGAGCGGCGUCUCUCUUCCAGCCCUGAAGAAGGCUUUGUCGGCCAGAGGAUACGAUGUGGAGAGGAACAACUCUCGUGUCAAGCUGGCUGUCAAGGGUCUCGUCUCUAAGGGAACUUUGGUCCAGACCAAAGGAACCGGCGCGUCCGGCUCCUUCAAGCUGAACAAGAGGAAGGCCGAGGCAAAGAAGAAGCCCGCCAAGAAAGCUGCUCCCAAGGCGAAGAAGGCUGCGGCCAAGAAACCUGCGGCUAAGAAGGCUGCAGCAAGGAAGCCGGCUGCCAAGAAACCUAAGAAGCGCGUUGCGGCUAAAGCCAGGAAGCCCGCUGCUAAGAAGGCUAAGAAACCCGCCAGAGCGAGGAAAGUAGCCAAGAGCCCCAGGAGAGCUAAGCCAGCGAGGCGAUCACCCACCAAGGCCAGAAGGGCAGCACCUAAGAGGAGGUGAAUUAUGGGUGCAUAGUUUGUUAUUUUAAACGGCUCUUUUAAGAGCCACCAAAGUUUCUUUUAAAAGCUGAUAUUUAAGUACUAGCUACGGCUAAUAACGUACACUCGGAUGAAUUGAAUGGCAGCAAACAUGUUUCAGACCUCCUAUCCCAGCGUUUCUCAAAGUGUGGGGCGUAGAGACGUGACAGGUGAGACGCGAUGAACAGGAGAUGCCUUCUUUUAUAGACUAACAUCAUACACCCCAUCAUAAAUAGAAUAAGUUAAUAAAGAGGAUUUAAAAGAUUAAAAACUUACGGCUGUUAUUGCAUAUGUUUCCUGGUUAAGGUCAUGUAUUG